UCGUCCACUCGGCAGAGAGAGAAAGGACAGCUAGACUACAUGUCAUGGACUGGUGGACGACCCUGGCUGCGAGUAUAGCCUUCCUCUGGCUGCUGUGUUAUAUCGACGGUAAGAGAAUCUGGUUAGCAGAGGUAUGGAAUCUUUCUUCGUCAAGGGAACGGUGCGGUACUGGCACGCGCACCGGUCUUCCUCCUAAUUGCGGCAACGCCGUCCUGGAGCUGCGGCUCCUCCUCCACGCCCUCACCAAAGCAGCGUGCCACCUGUACCUGGCCAUGCUCCCACUGCGGCGCGCCGCACUGCACCUUGCCCGCUUUGUCUGUCACCUGGUAAACCAUGGCCCCGCCUCCGCUGGCCGGGCGUCUCCUCUCCUCCUCGAGGGGGUGUGUGUGAUAUGUGAAGCGGUACCGGACCUGCUGGGUGCCGGGCUCAGUCUGUGUGCAGUAGUCUGUCACAUCCUACAGGGGGCGCUGUUCCUGCUGGCUGCCACGGUGAGGUCGGUCCAGGUGAGUGUUCUGGCCCAGGUGGACGGGGAGAAGGAGAGGUGGGAGAAGGAGCAGCACCAGACACGGCAGGACGAGAGGAGACAGAACUCCAGGGUGGUGGAAUACCUUUCUGUGUUCUGUCAAGACCCCAUCAGUUCGCUACGACUCAAAGUGGACAUGGUCAAUAGAUAACAUCACUGUCUGUCUGUCUGUCUGUCUGUCUGUCUGUCUGUCUGUCUGUC